GUCUGACAUUGAUGAGAGGUGACAGAACAGAACAGCAGCUGCAAACCGUGCACAGGUUUUUGAACUUUCAAAAAUGGCACGUCAAAUCCUGUGGCCUCUGCUACUUUUGGGGAUGAUGACUUUGGGGACUACUUGGAGUCCAACUACAACGCCAACACCGACUACAACUACAACACCAACACCGAUUACAACUACAACGCCAACAACGACUACAACUUUGGGGACUACUCAGCCUCCAACUACAACGCCAACACCGACUACAACUACAACACCAACACCGAUUACAACUACAACGCCAACAACGACUACAACUUUGGGGACUACUCAGCCUCCAACUACAACACCAACACCGACUACAACUACAACGCCAACACCGACUACAACUACAACGCCAACACCGACUACAACUACAACACCAUCACCGAUUACAACUACAACGCCAACAACGACUACAACUUUGGGGACUACUCAGCCUCCAACUACAACACCAACACCGACUACAACUACAACGCCAACACCGACUACAACUACAACACCAACACCGACUACAACUACAACGCCAACACCGCCUCCAACUACAACGCCAACACCGACUACAAUUACAGCGGGACCACAGGCUCGACAACUCCUUUACCCAAUAAAUGGAAUAACAAGCUCUCGAUCAGAUGAUGGAAGUUCACCUCGAAUUCCCCUGCAACGAGCUUUUGUUUACUUUGGACAGUCACAUAAUCAGAUCUAUGUGAACCACAAUGGACACCUGACCUUUAAUGCUGCAUGGUAUGUUUACAUACCUCAACGGAUUCCACUACAUGGAUCCAGAGAUUUCAUCGCUCCAUUCUGGACAGAUUUGGAUAACAGAGCUAAUGGUCAGAUCUACUACAACCAAUAUACCAGCGGCAGUGUCCUCCAACAAGCCACACAGGACAUUAAUACCUACUUCCCAUCACUGCGCUUUAAUGCCAACUGGGUCUUUGUUGCUACAUGGUAUGAGGUGGCCUACUUUCCAACAACUGGCACACGAACAACAGUGCAAGCGGUCUUGAUCUCUGGUGGCAGUUACUCAUUUGUGUUGAUGAACUAUGGUCAAAUAGCAGCAACAAGCCGGAGUGUACAGGCUGGUUAUGACACGGCAGAUUCUCCUCACCAUCUCUCCAUCCCAGGAUCAUUCAGUGGAAAUGCAACAGGCAAUAGCUCAGCUUUCAGUCUGGGCAGCAACGUCAACGUACCCGGUCGCUGGGCUUUCCGGACAGACCAUGGACGAAGAGGCUGCACUUUUAAUGGGGAUCUUGUGCAAAUUGGAGACUCAUUCUGGAGUGACGGAACCUGCACAGAGAAGUGCACCUGCACCAGCGCAGGCCUGCGGUGUGUCAGGCAACCCUGCUCCUUUUCCCAAAUCUGCCGUCGUGCUUCAUUUAAGUUCUCCUGCCAGACGGUGCAGAGAAGCACCUGCACCGUGAGCGGUGAUCCACAUUAUUAUACCUUCGAUGGCAAAGUGUUUCACUUUCAGGGUACCUGCACUUAUGUUCUCUCAGAACAAUGUGGUCGUGGGCUGCCGUACUAUCGAGUAGAGGGCAAGAACGAGAACCGUGGCAGUACACGAGUCUCUUGGACAAGACUUGUGAAAGUAUUCGUCAACAAUGACAUUAUCGAGCUCGUCAAAGGACAUCGUGGUGAGGCUAAGGUCAAUGGAAGUUAUGCUGCUAUUCCAUUCUCCCUGAACAAUGGUUCUGUCCAGGUUUACCAGUCCGGUUUUUCUCUGGUCAUCAGUACUAACUUUGGCUUGCUGGUUUCUUACGACGCAUAUCAUUAUGUCAGGAUCAGCGUACCCCACACUUACCAAAAUGCAACCUGUGGCUUAUGUGGGAGCCUCAAUAACAACCCCAGGGAUGACUUUAAAACUCGCCAAGGGGCCAUUGUGAGCUCUGAUGUGGUAUUCGCCGAGAGUUGGAAAGCACAAGGAGAUGAUGAGCCCGGGUGUGGGAUCCGAUGCAGAGGUCUGGCCUGUGCUGACUGUACUGCACAGCAGACAGCGUUAUACAGCAAUGCAGACCAUUGUGGUAUCCUCCAGACACGCUCUGGACCUUUUGCCGCCUGCCAUCAACGACUUCCCCCACAGACCUUUGUGGACAAUUGUGUGUAUGAUCUCUGUGUAGGAGGAGGGUACCAGCCCAUUCUGUGUCAAGCACUACAUGUUUACGCAAGUCAGUGUCAGCAGAGUGGUAUCCAGCUGCCAAGCUGGAGGAGAGAAGGAUUCUGUGAAAUCCCCUGCCCAGCCAACAGCCACUUUGAGUCCCAGGGCACAGGGUGUCCAGCUACCUGUGUCAAUCCCAAUUCCACCAACAACUGCCCUCUCCCUGCCCAGGAGAGCUGCAUCUGCAAUUCAGGCUACAUCCUCAGUGCUGGGGUCUGUGUCCCUAAUGCUCAGUGUGGCUGCAGCUUUGAGGGUCGUUACUACAGCUCUGGACAAACUGUGAUACUUGACAAUAACUGUGGAAGACGUUGCAGCUGCAGUGUUGGCCGCAUGACCUGUCGUUCACAUAGUUGUAGUCCCCUUGAGUCCUGCAGGGUGGAGGAGGGAGAAAGAGGGUGUAGACCUAACAGCUAUGCAACAUGCUUGACAAGGGGACCAGGGUCAUAUCAAACAUUUGAUGGACUGAUGUACCAGUAUCCUGGGGCAUGUCGACUGACUCUGGCAAAAGUGAUGGGAUUGUCUGCUCACCCCCACUUUAUGGUGACAGCAGAAAAAGUACCCAGAGGCCAACGCGGAUUUGCAAGGUUGCUAAAGUUUGAGGCAGAGGGAACACAAGUCUCCAUUGAGAUGGCAAACAGCAGCACAGUUCAGGUGGACGGUCAGCAGAUCAGACUUCCUUUCAGCUCAGCAUCCAACCGAAUCCAAAUCUACCACAGCAGCAUUCACAGUAUCAUCAUUCGCACAUCCUUUGGUGUGACCGUGCAGACAGUCUGGCCUCACUUUGUGCGCAUCACUGCACCUGGUGUCUACAAUGGUUCCCUGGGUGGACUCUGUGGUAACUACAAUGGUCACUCACAUGACGACUUCCGCACACCCAAUGGCAUUCUGGUCAACAGCUCUCAGGUCUUUGGAGACAGCUGGCGAGACGGCUCCCUCGCUGCACACUGUGUAGAAAGUGUAAGUCCUAAUUCUCCAACAAACUACAACUCCAGUGAGUACUGUGGAAUCAUUGGCUCAAGAGAGGGACCAUUUACCCAGUGUUGGGCCAUGGUGGACCCAAGACCACAUGUGGAAGUGUGCAUGGAGAUCCUGGGAGGCUCUAGUGAUCCAGCAUCCACACUUUGUGAGGUCCUACGGGAUUACGCACUGAUUUGUCAGCAGAAGGGUGUCGCCUUGCCACACUGGAGGAAUGCAACUAGCUGCGAUCAAACCUGCCCGCGAAACAGCCGCUAUGAACUUUGUGAAACCGCUUGUCCUUCCACUUGCCCCAGCCUCUCUUUCCCAUUUACCUGUGACACUGUGUGCCAGGAGGGUUGCCAGUGUGAUGAUGGUUUUGUUCUCAAUGGCAACCAGUGUGUGCCACCAACAUCCUGCGGAUGUCAUCACAAUGGACGCUAUCGGCAAGGUGGAGAACAGUUCUGGGACAGUGAAGAAUGUCAGAGCUUGUGUUCCUGUAAUGGCACAACUGGGUUAGUGCACUGUCGUCCCAGCUCCUGUGGUCCCCAGGAGUCCUGUCGUGUGCUGGGGGGCGACUUUGGCUGCCAUCCCAACCCUCAUGGCACCUGCUCUGCCUCUGGAGACCCCCAUUACCUCACAUUUGAUCGCAAGGCCUUUGACUUCCAGGGAACCUGCCGAUAUGUUCUUGCAACCCUCUGUAAUGACACUGAUGGAGUUCAAUUUUCGGUGGAGGCUAAGAAUGAGCCGUGGCAUGGGAGCACAGUUUCAAUCACAGCUGAGGUUUUUGUGAAUGUAUUGGGUUACCAACUGCAUGUGUCCAGGCACAACAGAGGUGUGGUAGAGGUUAACGGAAUAAUUAGCAAUCUGCCAAUUCUGUUGAGUGGAAAUGUGUCGGUCUUUGCAAGUGGCUCACGCACAUUUAUCAAUGCUGAUUUCGGCCUCAGCGUCUCAUACGAUGGAUGGAGCACAGUGUACAUCUCGGUGCCAUCACAUUACAGAGGCAAAACAUGUGGACUUUGUGGAAACUUCAAUGGAAAUCAAAGGGAUGACUUCCGCACCCCAUCUGGAGCAAUAGUCCCCACUCCAGGUCAGUUUGGAACAUCUUGGAAGGUGGCAGGAAACUACACCUGCAGUGAUGGCUGUGGUUCCUCCUGCCCUCGGUGUCUCGAUGAGCGCCCUGCUCGAGCUCAGUGUGAAGUGAUUCAAGCAGCCGACGGCCCCUUCAGCUUCUGCCACGAGGAUGUGGACCCGGCGCCAUAUUUCAACGACUGUGUGUUUGACGUUUGUGUGUCGGGAAAUGCGGGUGGAGAUCUUGUGUGCAGGGCCAUUCAAGCUUAUGUCAGUGCCUGUCAGUCUGCUAAUGUUCGAAUCUACCCUUGGAGACAGAACACCACCUGCAGACUGAGCUGUCCAGUAAACAGCCAUUAUGAGCUGUGUGGUACCGACUGUGGCCACACCUGUGCCAGCAGUGUUGAUGCCACCUGUGAGCGGGUUUGCUCUGAGGGAUGUUUCUGUGAUGAGGGGUUCGUCAGGAGUGGGACGAGGUGUGUCCCUGUGGAAAACUGUGGCUGCCAAUAUGACGGCUUCUACUAUGAUGCGGGUGAGUCCUUCUGGACAGACGGCUGCUCCCGGCAAUGUAAAUGUCAUGCUCCAAACGACCUGCGCUGCUCUGCUGCAACUUGCACGCCUGAACAACAGUGCACCAUCAGAAAUGGAAAGCUGGGCUGUUUCAGUGCAAUGGCUACUUGCACCGUGUGGGGGGAUCCACAUUACAACACCUUUGAUGGGGCACUAGCUCAUUUCCAGGGCACUUGCUCUUACACCAUCACUGAGAGUGUUGGCAACAGUACCAGGGGAACCCAAUUUCUAGUGGCUGCGACCAAUAAUCACAGAGGCAACAACCGCGUGUCAUAUGUGUCAGCAGUGGAUAUAUUCCUCUCAAACCAAACAGAGAGAGUGAAUCUGAGGAUCGGACCAAAUAAGAGAGUAACGGUAAAUGGAAGUGUGGUUUCUCUUCCAACCACCGGAGGAGCUUUAGCUCACAUUGAGAGGCAGGGAAGCUACAUAGUGGUCGUUGCCAAUGACCUGGUGGUCCAGUUUGACGGCACCAGUACCUUACUGGUCAGAAUCGGCCAAAAUCAUCAAAACAGAGUCACUGGGAUGUGUGGAAAUUUCAACAAUGAUCCUGCAGAUGACAAAUUCUUGCCCAAUGGCACACUGGCACAAAAUGACAAUGAGUUUGGACAUAGCUGGAAGGCACCUACAAGCCAAUCAGGAUGUGGAUCAACUGAUGAAAGGAACGAUGAUGGAUUGAACAACUGCAUGUAUAGAGAAGAAUACACUGAGCUGUGCAGCAUCAUCACCAACACCAGCGGGCCAUUCAGCGACUGCCACUUACACUCUGACCCUCGGCCAUUCUUCACUUCCUGUGUCUAUGAUCUCUGCCACUACACUCCAGCCAAUGGCAUGCUGUGCUCUGCCAUCUCAGCCUAUGAGAGAACCUGCACCGUUUUGGGGUUGAACAUCUCUGAGUGGCGCCCGGCUUUGCAUUGUGCCACCUCCGACCCGUGUGAAGAGCUGAACUGCACAGAGAAUGAGUGGUGUGGUCAGAAGGACGGGGUUCACGGCUGCUUCUGUGAUGAACGCCACCAUCGGCCCAAUAACGAGAGCUACGACUCGUCCAUUUCUUGCGUCAGUAGUUCGGGCACCAUGUCCGUGUCCCGCUGUCAGCUCUUUGAAGCUGGCUUCCACUCCGACGCCCUCCAUCUCAGAGAGGACUCCUGUAAAGGUGCUCUUCAGAAUGGACGACUGGUGUUCGACUUCGACAACAACGAGCGUCACUGCGGCACGGUCCUCAAGAGCAAUGGAACCCAUUUCAUCUAUGAGAAUAACAUCCAGGGCAAUGUGGACCCUCACGAUGGACUAAUCAGCCGCCAGAGGAACAUCCAUCUGCUCUUCUGCUGUGUCUACCCUCUGACUCAGGCCGUGUCUAUGGAUGUGGGGAUUAAUCCUGUAGAGAGCAUUGUGAGGAAGAAGCUUCCAGCUGGCCAAGGGGAGUAUCACAUGAGGAUGAUCCCCUACCAGGAUGCUGGCUUCCGCCACCCCUUCAACAGCAACGGGAAUGUUGAAAUGGAAGUAGACCAGAGAUUGUAUGUGGAGGUGCGCACGGACGGAGUCGAUCAGCAGCAGAUCUCCACUGUUUUGGACUCUUGUUGGGCCACGCCCGUCAACCUGGAGACCUACCCUGUUCGCUGGGAUCUCAUCAAUUCAGAGUGCCCUAAUGAAAAGGAUGGGACAGUAGAACUGAUUGAGAAUGGCAAAUCCACCGCGGCUCGUUUCUCCUUCAGGAUGUUCACAUUUUCCAACUUUUCUUCCAUUUACCUGCACUGCCGGGUUCACCUGUGUCUGCUGAGAAACAACAACUGCACAGCUCACUGCUACCCGGGCCACCACAGGCGAGUUGAGAGGGACGUAAACUUCCAUGACACUUCAUUCAUGUCAGUUGGACCCCUAAGCCUGAUUGGAGAAUCACGUGGCAUAUUAAGGGAAACAAGCUCUGCCCCAGGCCUGUUGACUCCGCUGGUGACCCUGCUGCUCACUUUGAUUACCGCCAAAAUUCUGGUCUAGGGAGAUCAGUGAUGAUCGGUAUUUUGAUUUAUAUCAGUAGGUGGAACUUACACACAGCAUGAUGAAUCUGAAAACACUUGUUUGUUGACAGAUUAUAUUCGUUGAUUGAAUCCCAUGCUCUUUUGAAAAAUUGCACUUUCUUGAUUCUUGUUGUUCUGGGUUUGUACCCUCAUGUUUGAAUGCAUUUAUUCUAAGUCACUUUGGAUCAAAGCAUCAGCUAAAUGAAAUGUAAUGUAAUCAAAUGAUCAUGUAUCGUAAAGUUUCCAAGUGUAAUUAAAGAAUUUUCAUGUGUGGAGAACAGA